UUUAGAACUCAGAAGAAAUAAGAGUAAACAUGUAGAGAUGCUUUCUGUGAGUAAUAAAGGAGUGAGACCUUUCAGUCAGAACUGUGAGCUUGGUUCUCAUCAAAUAAUACACUCUGGAGAGAGACCUUAUGAAUGUAAAGAAUGUGGAAAGGCUUUCUCAUUGAAGAGUGGUCUUGCUAGACAUCAGAGAAUCCACACUGGAGAGAAACCUUAUGAAUGUACACAAUGUGGAAAGGCUUUCACACAGAGUGGCUCUCUUGCUAAGCAUCAAAGAGUCCACACUGGAGAGAGACUUCAUGAAUGUAAACAGUGUGGAAAGGCUUUCACAAGGAAGGGUGGUCUUGCUAUCCAUCAGAGAAUCCACACUGGAGAGAAACCUUAUGAAUGUACACACUGUGGAAAGACUUUCACACAGAGGAAUCAUCUUGCUAAGCAUCAAACCAUCCACACUGGACAGAGACUUCAUGAAUGUAAACAGUGUGGAAAGGCUUUCACAGGGAGGGACAUUCUUGCUAAGCAUCAGAGAAUCCACACUGGAGAGAAACCUUAUGAAUGUACACAAUGUGGAAAGGCUUUCACACUGAGGGAGAGUCUUGUUGCACAUCAGAGAGUCCACACUGGAGAAAAACCUUAUGAAUGUACACAAUGUGGAAAGGCUUUCACACAGAGGGGCCAGCUUGCUGCACAUCAGAGAAUCCAUACUGGAGAGAAACCUUAUAAAUGUACAGAAUGUGGAAAGGCUUUCACAUGGAGAGGAUAUCUUGCUAAACAUCAGAGAAUCCACACUGGAGAGAAACCUUAUGAAUGUACACAAUGUGAAAAGUCUUUCACGUGGAGGGGAUAUCUUGCUAAACAUGAGAGAAUACACACUGGAGAGAAACCUUAUGAAUGUAAACAAUGUGGAAAGGCUUUCACAGAGAGGGGCUCUCUUGCUGCACAUCACAGAGUCCAUACUGGAGAGAAACCUUAUAAGUGUACACAAUGUGGAAUGGCUUUCACAUGGAGAGUAGAGCUUAGUAAACAUCAGAGGAUCCACUGGAGAGAAACCUCAUGAGUGUACCCAAUGUGGAAAGGCUUUUACACAAAGGGGCCAGCUUGCUGCAAUCAGAGAAUCCACACUAGAGAGAAACUUUA